GAGAAAGAAAAGGGAAGAGAGAAAAGAAGAGAAGUAGAAGGGAAAGAAAGUGAGGGAGAAGGGAAGUAGAAAAAAAAAAAGGAAGAAAAAGAAGAAGGAGACGGGAGGCAGAAAGAGAGGAAGAAAGGAAAAGAAAGAGAGGAAGAAGAGGAAAUGAGGAAAGGGAAGAGAAGUGGACAUGACCAUCUUCUCGCAAUCUCCAUCUUCUCGCAAUCUAAAUCCAUUGGAAUAUACGGACCGAUACCGGACAUUACCAUUUUCUCGUGUUCUAAAUCCAUUCCUGCGAAAACCAAUUGCAUGUACAUCGACCCUACAAUCCCUUAGAACCACAAAACCAUCGAUUGUCUAGCUGAAAUUAUCUUACGAUACUACGGAGUAAUAUCGUUGCAAAACCACGAACGUAUAAGUUAAAGGUUAUUAGAGAUAAUGUUACGUAAUGCUCUUUCAGAGUAAUAACCAAAUAAAAUUCAUUUUUUUUCUUAAGGUUAACCACUUUGGCUUGCAAACAUUCGGAAUGUUGCGGUUUAAAACAAGAGUAGAACGACUUAAACAUGAAA